UCUUGAACUAUAAGUGAAUUUCUUUGACUUCGAGCUUCAAAACCUCAACUCAUCAAUGGAGUUUCCUGCUGUUUUUCUUGUUGGUUAUCUUAUGUUAUCCUGUUUUGCUGCAAGUUGCUAUGGUGUCACCUUCUCUUCUCUUCAUAAGACACUUAUAGUCUCAGCUUCAUCUCCGCUAGGCCAUGUACUAAAAGCUGGGGAAGAUGAACUCACAAUAAAAUGGGAAUUUAACCAGACUUUCCCACCGGGAACAGACUCGACCUACAAGACCGUAAAACUCAAACUAUGCUAUGCACCGGAGAGCCAAAAGGACCGGCCAUGGCGGAAGACAGUGGACGACCUAAAGAAGGACAAAACAUGUCAACACACGAUUGUUGCAAGGCCAUACAACCCUUCAAACAAUUCAUUCAUUUGGAAAGUUGAAAGAGACAUCCCUUCAGCUAAGUUUUUUGUGCGAGUCUACGCGUAUGAUGGUCAAGAAGUUGUGGUGGCAUAUGGCCAGAACACGGAUCACAGCAAGACUUUUGAUUUAUUUACAAUCCAUGCGAUCACAGGUCGUCAUGCCUCAAUUGAUGUUGCAUCUGUUUGCUUUUCGUUUUUCUCGGUUGGUUCAUUGGCUGCGUUUUUUUACAUGGAGAGAAGAAAGGGGAAAAUUUCACAACACAAGUGAGGUGAGAAUUGUAAUGGACUGAAAAUUUGUGUUUCUCAAGUUCAAUGAAUGAUCAAUGUAUCUUUGGACCCUGAAGGAUUGUGAUGUGCAUACAUGUAUAUGGAUUGAACAUAGCAAGCUUCUUAAGGUUUGAUUAUGGUAAGGUACAUGUGCAUGUACAAGGUUAGGUCUAUCUAGUUUUACUUAUAAAAAAUAUUGUCGGAUAAAUGAAUUUUGUUUAUAUA